ACAUAAACACCCACGUGACUUUUUUUUUUCUCUGUAAACAUUCACACACAGAAUCGCGUUUGACGAACGCUUUUCUGCGAGCUGAGUGUGCGGUUGAGUCUUGACUUUUGACUUUUAAGACAUGAUCAAAGGUUCAACUGAAACCGCAACAACCAAGGGCACGGGAACUCGCCUGGACCACUUAUGUCUGCAACUGCAACAGCAACGCCCAGUCAUAAUUAUUUCACAAAUUCCGAAACUACCCUCGCUUAGCGUCGUAGAUUCCUCAUCCUACCACCUACGCAACGCAAAGCGUAUCAAACUCAAAUCCUCGCUGAACCCAAUUCCUCUUUCUCAAUCUCCAUCUACUUCUUCUCUUCCCUCUCCUGAUUCCCAUCUGACCUACAACGAUUUUUGAGGGGAGAUGGCAACGGAUGAGCGUGACGCCGCUGAAUCGCCGGAGAUGGAGGAAGACGGCAGCGCCGGCGUCGGAGAUAUUGAUUCCGACGACGAUCAGCAAGUCAUUCCCGAGCCUGACGUCGCCGACGACGACGGCGAUCCGAACUCUCCGCUGGUUUCCGCGACGGCGAAGGACACCGUAACCGUCGCUCUUCCCGCCGAUUCCGAUCCGAAAUGGCACCGCGCGACGGAAAUCGUCCACCCGAGACCGCCGCCGCCGCCGCCGAUCGACGAUUCCAGGCGUCUUUUCCAGAGGCUAUGGACCGACGAGGACGAGAUAGAGCUUCUCCGCGGCUUCCUCGACUACGUCGCGUGCCACCGUGGCGGCGGCAGCGGCUCGCAUCCUCCCGAUACGGCGCCGUUUUACGAGCUUAUAAAAUCGAAGCUUCAGCUGGAGUUCAACAAGAACCAGCUGGUGGAGAAGCUUCGUCGGCUGAAGAAGAAGUACAGGAACGUGAUGAGCAAGAUGGGUUCGGGUAGAGAGGUGGUCUUUAAAAGCCCUCACGAUCAAGCCACGUUUGAUAUCUCUAGGAAGAUUUGGAACCAAUCAGGGAAGAUCAUAGGGUUCGAAGAUAUCAUAGAGGAACCUGGUGGUAGCCAACAACACACCAACGUGAACGUUGAUUCUGAUAAUAACGUGUUGGAGAAGAAAGGUACGGUGAGUAGGAAACGAUCGCGAUGGAGGAUGGGGAAGAUGGAUGAAGAGAACAACAAGCCCAUCUCUCUGUCUGAUGGGCCGAUGGCGAGUGGAGCUACUACUACCAAUGAGAAUAUGGCUGAGUUUAGUGAUGGGAGGAAUCUAGGGGGGUUGAUAGAAGAGACGGUGAAGAGUUGUGUAUCGCCCUUGAUCAAGGAGAUGAUGAAUGGGACGGUGGGGAUGAUGAUGGCUGCGGUGGGAGGGUAUCCAGGAGGUGGUGGUGCUCAUGCUAUGGGUGUCUUAAGCCCAAUGCUGAUACCGAAUCUUGGGUUUGGUGGUGGAGGAGGGGUUAAGGGAGGAGGAGUAGGGGACGAACGGUGGAGGAGACAGCAGAUUCUUGAGUUGGAAGUGUACUCGAGGAGAUUAGAAUUGGUUCAAGAGCAGAUUAGAGCCACAGUGCAUGAGUUAAAGACUAUGCCCAGUGGAGGAUGACGUAUAAGGAAGACUGUAAUGGGUUUUUGUAAAAUCUAAAGUUAUGAGGAAGAUAAAGAAGGAAGUAGAACAUGAAGAUGUCUUGUGAUAUGGUGGUGAGGUAUAGUUUUAGCAAGCUAUAACCUAAUAAUCUGAGUAAAUUUCUGUUGGUGAUGAAAUCUUUCUAGGUUUUUUUCUAGAGUUUUUCUCUUUUAAUUUUGUCCAUCUGAAGUGAAUGGUAGUGGGUGGGGUUGUGCAUAACCCUUGUAUUAGUCUAUUAGAUUAUAGUUUUUGGUAGAGUCACUAGUUUAACAAAAAAUAAAAAACCUCUCUAGCUGUUUAUAAUAAGCAAAUAAUGUUUGUGUGAUGCAUGUAUGAAUGUAUAUCUAAUGGACAAUUGACACAUCUUUCUUGGGA